AUGUUUUUUGGUUUGAUGGUGGUUCUCACCCUCUGUGCCCUUGCGAGGGCAGGUGACCCUUCCAACGGCAUAAAAACCGUCGACAAACCAGUUCCGUGCACAUGUGGCGUAUUCUUAAGUGGACAGUUCAAGAAAGGGUCAAAGGAGCAGCCCAAAGGGGUGCCGGUGCUGACACAGGAAAUGGACACCCCCUUCAUGAACAACGCCAUGGGAAAUCGCCAGUGUACCAACAAGUGUUUGGAAAUGAUUAUAACGCAUUUGCCCAAAAGUGCAGACAUUAUUUGUGCCACCACGGACAGGGAUUUGGUGCACAAGGAGAGGGCCUUUUUGUUCAUCAAAAACUACAACGACAAGUGGCAGAGCACUAACUUAUCAGCAGGGCGCGAGUUCUGCUGCAAGGAUAACGUCCCGUACAAGUGCCCCCUGAGUUAAUCCAACCGUUUUUUGUAUAUUUUCGUAAAACCCAAUAAAAUUUCUUUCCUAA